AUGGCUGAUGAUGAGGACGAAGGUGGUUUUGGAGGCCUGUAUGAAGAUGGACAUUGGGUUUGGGAUGACGCCACGGAAGCCUUGGUAUUUAUUAGUGACCUUCCACCAAAACCAGUAGAAGCAAUUCAGAUACCUAUCAAAGCUCCAACUGGAACAAUUGAAUUCAGAGACGAUGUAGACCUUAUAGAGCAGAUUCGAUUUCGACGGCGUUAUCAAAGGAAAUUAAAACCGGGUCAAGCAGAUAUUAUCACUAUUCAGGAUGUUAAAGACAUAGCGCUGUAUACAGCUCCAGUGAAUAUUUUAAGUCCAAUGUUAAUAAACAUGUUACAUCUUCCUACUACGGAGAGAUUCAUUAGAGCGCUUGUACUCUGUUGCCAGUAUUAUUUACAGAUAGCAGACGAAAUGGCAAAUCGUAUCAUUGAAUUGGAAACAAAAGUACGUACGCCACAAUGUGAAACAGUUGAAAACGAAUUCCGAGACAAUUUAUCGGAUUUGAGACUUUUAGUAGCGAAAGAAUACAGCACCAUGCUCAUUGGUGGAAAUGAUACGAAAAAAUUCCAUCAUAUGGGGCCCCAGAAGAAACGUCGAUCAUUAUCUGAUAAAGAUGCUCGAUUUUUUGAGACACUGCUACGAGUAUGUGUUCAAAUAGUAUGGCUGGCUCUCGGUCGCAAGUCUUUCAAUCAGAUAGAAUUGGAGGUAAAUAGAGUGUUCAAGUCUGAGAUAUUUAAUGCUGUGGAGCAUAAUCUAAACACUGGGUAUAUCGCGAAAAUGGCUAAGGAGGAACGUGCGGUGUUGCUGGGUCACUGCGUGCGACGCGACAAGAAACUCAACACUCGCUCGCCCCUCAUGAACGAGGUGUUCUGUCAUAGGGAAAUUGAUUAUCGUCUUUUGGGACUAGGCGUUAUUAAAUGUUUUCAACCGACCCCAAGACUUCUCUACCUGAUGCAUGCGGUAGCGGGUCCAGAAGAGAAAUUGUCAGAAUUGGGAAUCGUUCUUGGAAUUAUUGGUAUGUCGCGAUCAACUUUCGAUACAAUGCUACGACCCUUGCCGACCGCUUCGGAAACUGGAAAAUCAAAGGCUUCGGUGUCUACACAGAGCUAUGGGUCUAAAAGUAGCACAAGUAGUUCUAUGAGAAAAAGCCAAUUGGUAGCCCAAAAAUUAUAUUCAAAUAUUAUACUUCCGCGGAAGGAGUCGCGAAUUGUGUUUUUUCCUCCACAAUUUCCCGAUGAGUCAGAAGAAAUUCGGCCAUGUAGCGAGACCCAACGUCGGCGCUGGCAGAAUAGACUUCAAAGACUUCUUCAUCCGCACUAGUUUAACGGAAUUGUUCAAGACAUGAAGCAAAAUACUUCUUUACUAGAAUCAUGAAACCAAUAGCAUCCAAUAAAUAUCCAAUGAA